CUUCCUGAGGGACCCCUGGAACUGGCUGGACUUCAGCGUCAUCGUGAUGGCAUAUGUCACUGAGUUUGUGGACCUGGGUAAUGUGUCAGCCUUAAGGACGUUCAGGGUGCUGCGCGCGCUCAAAACCAUCUCAGUCAUCCCAGGCCUGAAGACCAUCGUCGGCGCUCUGAUCCAGUCGGUGAAGAAACUCGCUGACGUCAUGAUCCUCACCGUUUUCUGCCUGAGCGUCUUCGCCCUCAUCGGCCUGCAGCUGUUCAUGGGAAACCUGCGCAAAUGCGUCCGCAGCACGGAGCACUGCAUCAACGGCAGCCUGCCGGCCAACACCUCCUUCUUCUGCAAUAAGACCUGGGCCUCCAUCAAGGACUUCAUCGAAGACGAAGAUAAUUUCUACAAAGUGGAAGGAGCCAAGGAUGCCUUAAUCUGUGGAAACAGCAGCGACGCAGGGAAGUGUCCCGACGGGUUCGACUGCCUGAAGACGGGCAGAAACCCAAACUACGGCUACACCAGCUUCGACACGUUCGGCUGGGCCUUCCUGUCGCUGUUCCGGCUGAUGACCCAGGAUUACUGGGAGAACCUCUACCACCACACGCUGCGCUCGGCCGGGAAGACCUACAUGGUGUUCUUUGUGGUGGUCAUCUUCCUGGGCUCCUUCUACCUGAUCAACCUGAUCCUGGCCGUGGUCGCCAUGGCGUACGAGGAGCAGAACCAGGCUACCAUCGCCGAGGCGUGUCAGAAGGAGCGCGAGUUCCAGCAGGCCAUGGAGAGACUGAAGAAAGAGCAGCAGAUGGCGGCGCAGAAACCGCCGGACUCAGAGUCCCUGACCUCACCAGACCUGUCGCCUCUUGGGCCGCCGCUGGACAGCUCCGAGGAGCGGAGGCGGAGCCAGGCGCUGAUGGGUGUGGCCGACGGGGAGGGGAACUUGUCGGAGGAGAAGCUGCUGCAGGUGGACUUGAUGGACGGGGGAAAGGCCCUCCAUCCUCUCCUCGCUCGCUCCUUCUCCACGCGGACGCGACGAAGCAGUCAGGUGUCGUCCAUCUUUAACUGGCUGAGGAGCCGAGGGUCGGAAGGCGAGAUGGCGGACGACGAGUUCAGCGUUCCCGGCGACGUGGUGGACGGCGUCGGCGGCAGGACGUACAGCGGCGGGACGUUCAGCGGCAUCCUGACCAACCCCUGGCCCAAACGCCGACUCAGCACCUACAGCACGGCCAGCAGGAACUCGCAGGUGUUUUAUCCCACCCUGAACGUCAACGGGAAGCUGUUUGUCUCCAUGGACCAGAACGGGGUCUCCCCGCCGCCGCUCCAGGGGCAGCUGCCCGCCUGCACCAUGGAGAAGGUCAAGGAGGAGAGUGUCCCGACGUCCACCACGGAGCUCAGCACCAUGCUGCUGCCUCGACCUUCGUCCACCCAGGGGUCAGAGCGGAGGGGGAGGGCCAUGAGCGCCGCCAGCUACCUGACCGACGUCAUGGAGGAACUGGAGGAGUCCAAUAAGAAGUGCCACCCCUGCUGGUACGUGUUCGCCCACCGAUACCUGGUGUGGGAGUGCUCCCCCUCCUGGCUGCGGCUGAAACAGCUGGUGAAGAUCAUGGUGAUGGACCCCUUCCUGGACCUGGCCAUCACCGUCUGCAUCGUCCUCAACACGCUCUUCAUGGCCAUGGAGCAUUACCCAAUGACGGACGAGUUCAACGGGAUGCUGAGCAUCGGAAACCUGGUGUUCUCGGGGAUCUUCACAGCAGAGAUGGUUCUGAAGAUCAUCGCCUUGGACCCGUACUACUACUUCCAGACCGGCUGGAACAUCUUCGACAGCAUCAUCGUGUGCCUCAGCCUCAUGGAGCUCGGAUUGUCUGAUGUGGAAGGGCUCAGCGUCCUGCGCUCCUUCCGCCUGCUGCGUGUUUUUAAGCUGGCCCGCUCCUGGCCGACCCUCAACACGCUCAUCAAGAUCAUCGGGAACUCCAUGGGCGCCCUGGGCAACCUGACGCUGGUCCUCGCCAUCAUCGUCUUCAUCUUCGCCGUGGUGGGGAUGCAGCUGUUCGGAAAGAACUACCAGGAGUGUGUGUGUAAGAUCUCCAAGGACUGCGUCCUCCCCCGCUGGCACAUGAAGGACUUCUUCCACUCCUUCCUCAUCGUGUUCCGGGUUCUGUGCGGCGAGUGGAUCGAGACCAUGUGGGACUGCAUGGAGGUGGCGGGGCAGCCGCUCUGCAUCCUCGUCUUCAUGCUGGUCAUGGUUAUCGGAAACCUGGUGCUGCUGAACCUCUUCCUGGCUCUGCUCCUCAGCAGCUUCAGCUCCGACAACCUGUCCGCCCCAGAUGAAGACGGGGAGAUGAACAACCUCCAGAUCGCCAUCCACCGGAUCACCCUGGGCCUGGGCUGGUGCCGCCGACAGGUGGUGGACUUCUUCAACGGGAACCUGAAGCGGCGCCGGCAGAAACGAAAAGAGGCCAAAGCCAUGAUGAAGCUGAAACGGCUGAGCACCGUUCACACCGAGGUCAACGGCGCCGCCAUCGGCCGCCAUGUGGAGAAGUACGUGGUUCCGGAGGACGACAGCUACAUGACCAACCCCAACCUGACCAUCAGCGUUCCCAUCGCCCCCGGAGAGUCCGACGUGGAGUUCCCUGAGGAAGAGGAGGAUGAGGAAGAGGAGGAGGGUCAGGAGGAGCAGAGCGAGGGAUCAGAGGGAGACGAGGAGAGAGAGGAGGAGAAAGAAGAAAUCAGCCUAUCAGAGGGCAGCACAGUGGACCUGAGGAAGCCUGGCGAGGAAGAGGACGAGUACUCAGAGCUGGCCGAAGAGGCCAUGGACCCGGACAACUGCUUCCCUGACGUGUGCGUGUCCCGGUUCCGGUGCUGCGACAUCGACACCACGGCGGGUCUGGGACAGAUGUGGUGGAGAACGAGGAAGACCUGCUACCAGAUCGUAGAGCACAGCUGGUUCGAGUCCUUCAUCAUCUUCAUGAUCCUUCUCAGCUCGGGAGCUCUGGCCUUUGAGGACAUCUACAUCGAGCAGAGAAGGGUCGUCAAGGUGGUGCUCGAAUAUGCUGACAAGAUCUUCACCUACAUCUUCAUCCUGGAGAUGGCGCUCAAAUGGCUCGCCUACGGGUUCAAGAAGUACUUCACCAACUACUGGUGCUGGCUGGACUUCCUCAUCGUCGAUGUUUCCUUGGUCAGUCUGGUGGCCAACACGUUGGGUUACUCCGACCUGGCGGCCAUCAAGUCCCUGCGGACGCUGCGGGCCCUGCGGCCCCUCAGGGCCCUGUCCAGAUUUGAAGGCAUGAGGGUGGUGGUGAACGCCCUGAUCGGCGCCAUCCCCUCCAUCAUGAACGUGCUGCUGGUCUGCCUGAUCUUCUGGCUCAUCUUCAGCAUCAUGGGCGUCAACCUUUUCGCCGGGAAGUUCGGCCGCUGCGUCAACCGGACCGGCUUCGUGUACGACGCCUCGCUCAUCAACAACCGGUCCGAGUGCGACGCCGCCAACGACACCUCGCAGCACUACUGGACCAAGGUCAAGGUCAACUUUGACAACGUCGGCGCCGGAUACCUGGCUCUGCUGCAAGUGGCAACCUUUAAGGGCUGGAUGGACAUCAUGUACGCCGCCGUGGACUCCAGAGCCGUGGAGGAGCAGCCGAUCAAAGAGAUCAAUCUCUACAUGUACCUGUACUUCGUCAUCUUCAUCAUCUUCGGCUCCUUCUUCACCCUCAACCUCUUCAUCGGAGUCAUCAUCGACAACUUCAACCAGCAGAAACGAAAGAUGAGAGGGCAGGAUAUCUUCAUGACGGAGGAGCAGAAGAAAUAUUACAACGCCAUGAAGAAACUGGGAUCCAAGAAGCCGCAGAAGCCCAUCCCCCGACCCCUGAACGACCUGCAGGGCUUCUUCUUCGACCUGGUGGGGAAGCAGGCCUUCGACAUCAUCAUCAUGGUUCUGAUCCUCUUCAACAUGAUCACCAUGAUGGUGGAGACGGACGAACAGUCGCCGCAGAUGGAGAAGAUCCUCUACUACAUCAACCUGGCCUUCAUCGUCGUCUUCACCACCGAGUGCAGCAUCAAGAUCAUGGGGCUGCGCUGCUACUUCUUCACCGUCGGCUGGAACAUCUUCGACUUCGUGGUCGUCAUCCUCUCCAUCGUCGGAAUCGUUCUCGCUGAUAUCAUCGAGAAGUACUUUGUGUCGCCGACUCUCAGAGUGAUCCGACUGGCCCGGAUCGGCCGAAUCCUGCGCCUCAUCAGAGGAGCCAAGGGCAUUCGGACGUUGCUGUUCGCCCUCAUGAUGUCACUUCCUGCCCUCUUCAACAUCGGGCUGCUCCUCUUCCUCGUCAUGUUCAUCUACGCCAUCUUCGGCAUGGCGAACUUCGCCUACGUGAAGCGGCAGGGCAUCGACGACAUGUUUAACUUUGAGACGUUUGGGAACAGCAUGCUGUGUUUGUUCCAGAUCACCACGUCUGCAGGGUGGGACAGUCUGCUCAGCCCCAUCCUCAACAACUCCCCCGAGGAGUGCGACCACCUGCCCCACACCGGCACCACCGUCAAGGGGAACUGCGGGAACCCGUCGGUGGGCAUCACCUUCUUCGUCACCUACAUCAUCAUCUCCUUCCUCAUCGUGGUCAACAUGUACAUCGCCAUCAUCCUGGAGAACUUCAGCGUGGCCACGGAGGAGAGCACCGAGCCGCUGAGCGAGGACGACUUCGAGAUGUUCUACGAGGUUUGGGAGAAGUUCGACCCGGAAGCCACGCAGUUCAUAGAGUACUCCAAGCUGUCCGACUUUGCAGAUUCUCUUCUGGAGCCUCUCCGCAUCGGCAAGCCCAACAAGAUCAAGCUGAUCUCCAUGGACCUGCCCAUGGUCAGCGGAGACAAGAUCCACUGCCUGGACAUCCUGUUCGCCUUCACCAAGCGCGUCCUGGGCGAGUCGGGCGAGAUGGACGCCCUCAAGCAGCAGAUGGAGGAGAAGUUCAUGAUUUCCAACCCUUCCAAGAUUUCCUACGAGCCGAUCACCACGACUCUGCGGCGCAAGCAGGAAGACGUGUCGGCCACCAUCAUCCAGAGGUGCUAUCGGCGCCACCUGGUGAGGCGCCAGAUGAAGGCCGCCUCCUACAUGUACCGGCAGUUCACCACGCCGCGGCACGACCACAGCGAGGGCGAGGAGGGCGGCGAGGUGAUGUUUGGGGAGGACGCGCCGGAGAAGGAGGGGCUGAUAGCCACCAUGAUGAAGGAGAACUACGGGUCCAGUCUGCUGGGGGUGGAGCGCUCCUCCACCAUCUCCUCCACCUCAUCGCCGCCGUCCUACAGCAGCGUGACGCGAGCCGCGUCCGAAAACGUCCCGCCGCUCGCUGCCACGGCACAACCGGCCGGCGAAGGCAGCGAAGAGACAGAACCGCCUGAAGCCGACAGAAAGACGGAAACAGAACCUUAGCAGGAACCCAAAGAGAACAAGUUCUGAUUGUCACUGAAUGUACCGAAGCUGAGGACCGUCGGAUCAGCCGGAACCAGAGCUGGACGAUGAAGAGAGGAAGAUUCAACACCUUUAAUCUUUUCCCCUUGGAGUCUGAAAGGAAAACGUUUUUCUGAAAGCAGAUUCUGAAGAACCGCCAACAGACGAGGCGUCAGCCUGCAGCGAAACAUGACGAGCUCGGUUCUGACCCGGUCUGACCCGGUCAGAUAUCACCCGUCAUUUAUCGCCGCGGCGUCGGGAGGGUCUGCCUCCUUACCGUUCACCGGCCGUAGGACCGGCGGGUCCGUCUGCGUUUCGGGCUCAGACCUGACAGACAGCAGCGCAUUUCACAAAGAUCCUUUCCUAGUAAAACGUCGUUGAUGUUCCAAGUCUUUUAACAUUAUUACUAUUUUUUAUAUUUUUAGAGAAAGUUAAAGAGAAGCCUUUGGAGUUGCGCUCGCUGUGAUGAACCGUCUGGAAAUCGAGAGAUAAAACCUCAAAACCCGAAAAAAAAAACAAACAAUCUUUUGAUUUUCUUUUGGGCGUUUUUUGCACUUUUGAGUUUACAUUUCGCCGUCACUUUACUGGCCUUCAGUCAAAAGACGGGAGGCGUUUCUUCUGCUCUGACACCAAAACCAACGAAUGCACAAAGAAAUCCCAAACUGCGACUCGCCUGGGUGAUAAUCGCCUAACGAGAGCUGGGCGACCUGCGACCUGCCAGGAAGAUCAUGGAAGAUCAUGGAAGAUCUUAUCGAUCUGCGAGGCUCCAUCAGAUGAUGACGAGAUCUGAACCGUCAGCAGGUUCAGCAUCUCUGGCUGAUCCUCAUUACCUUUCGGUCCGGUCCGAGUUCGGUCCGGUCCGGUCUGA